UUCGGAGUGAGACCCACAAGACUCGCAAGGUGUAAAUUUGAGAAUCGCUUCUGCAGAGACCCUAGAGGGUCAGCCAGUUCUAAGGACACCGCUCCAGCCUCCUUGGUGGGCGCAUCUGACUCACGUUCCUGCCACCUGCCCAACAUCAAGACUCGGAGACACCAAGCAACUUUCUGAAGAUCACAGAGCUGUUAAGUGUCAACAACAGCCCUGGCCAAGCCCUCUCAAGACUGAUGACCACUAGGACUCAUGGUCUGACAUAUUCCAGCUGCAAAGCCUUAGGAAAGAAGCCUACCUGACUGCAGCAGCUAUUGGUCCGCAGCAUGGAAACUGCCUACCUGAAGAAGUGUUUUGGAAACAGCCUGACCCAGGCACUGGCAGAGGUGGCAAGUGUGCGGCCCAGUGACCCAAUAGAGUACUUGGCUCACUGGCUUUACCAUUAUAGGGAUGUGACUAAUGCUGAAGAAAAGACAAGGCAAGAGGAGGCACAGCUAAAGGAGGAGAACGACAGGAGCCUCAAGGAAGGGAGAAUGGCCGAAAUGGUGAAACAAGAGGAAGAGCAGAUUCAGCAGAGGUGUGACAAGUGUCACCAGGAACUGCUCCCUGAAGCUCUUUCCUCAAACAAGACCCCAGCCCUGCAGAAAGACAAAGCACCUCUUGAGAAGGAGACUAUGGGGCAGACAUCUCAGCCAGGUGUCUCCAGUGUGGCUGCAGAAAUGCCUCAACGGGUUUUUACCUCUUGAGAAAAUGGCCUGCAAGAGGAACUCUCACUUCAGCUAAGAUGGAAGUGACUGAGAAGGAGGCAGGCAUCUACAGAUGCUCUGGUUUGCUAACCAUGAAUGCCUUUAAUCAUGUGAAGUUUUAGAUGAGCAUGAAUGUCUUUAAUCAUGUGAAGUUUUAGAUUAGCUAUUGGAUAAAAAUUAAUCCAAAACAUGAAUUAAAUACAGUAAGUCAUCAAA